AUGGCCAUCAACCUCGAAGACCAACUCGUCUUCUACAGAAGCUACCACUUCAACACUAUCAACGUCCUCAUCCAUUCCGUCUUUGUUCCCACAAUCAUGUUUAGCUCCUUUGGUUAUGCUACAAACGUCAGAAUCCCAAUCCCUAUCCCUCAUCUAGCCAAAUACUUGAAUCUUGGUGUCCUUGGUAGUUUAGGAUACUCGUUAUUCUAUCUUUAUUUGGAUUUCAUUGGUGGUGCAUUGGCUACUCCAAUAUUGAUGAUUAGUUCAAUCUAUUUCACUGAUUUGACCUUGUACUCUCCAGAGGUUAACAAGUUGUUGAUUGCUGCGUUUGUCAUUGGCUGGCUUGUCCAAUUCAUAGGACAUGGUGUCUUUGAGAAGAGAGCUCCUGCUCUUUUGGAUAACUUGUUGCAAGCAUUGGUGUUGGCUCCCUUUUUCAUUCUUUUUGAAUUGUUCUUUUUAUUGGGUUUCAGAACUGAUUUGAAGAAAAGAGUCGAUGCUAGAGUCGAGGUCAAUAUUGCCAACUUCAGAGCUAAGAAGAAGUGA